CGGUGUUCUUUUCCUUAAUGUUUUCUCUGCUGAAAUAUGAUUCAAGUUACACUUUGUCUUUUAAAUUAAUCAAUGAAAACAACAGAAAUUGACUAUUUCUUUUUAGACCAGGCUUUGGGUUUUGACGAAAUUUGAUCGGAAUAUCUUUACUGACCCAAUUUCACCCAACACCCGGAAGUCACCAAUGAGCAAGAUGACAUUUUGAUGAGGUGACAGCCAACAUUCAUGGGUGAGACCUUUCCACUUAAAUAUGGAGGACACAAAUAGUGGAAAGAAAUCUCUUAGCUUUCAGAUGCAGAUAGGUUUAACGAGAGAUCAAAUUAACGUAGAAGGAGAGCUCACAUUAGCAAGUCUAAAGGAAAUAGCAUGUUCUUUUGUGGACAGGAAGUUUCCUGAACACGGGUUUUACAGUUUGGUUGAUAAGAUUUUACUGUUUCGUCAUGACAAUACUAGUCCAAACAUACUAGUACAUAUUUCCAGUCCAACUGAUGUCAAAGAUGGAUGUCUUGUGGAAAUUGUUCUGUCAGAAGAUGCAUGCAUUUUAAGGCGUAAAAGUGGAAGGCAGAAAAAGAUUCGAUCAAGUAUUUGUACACAAACAACAAUGGAAGACUUACAGAUCAAGCCACAUCUACUGUUUGUACAUUCAUACAAAUCACCACAUUUCUGUGAUUUCUGUGGAGAGAUGUUGUGGGGACUUGUCAAACAAGGACUGAAGUGUGAAGGUUGUGGCUUGAAUUUCCAUAAACGUUGUGCCUUUAAGAUUCCAAAUAAUUGCUCAUAUGAUAGACAGCGGAGACCAUCAUCCAGUAGUAUCACAUAUCCCAACCCAGUGAGAGAGAAAUGUGAUUCCCUAGCAGUGGAAGGCACAGCACAGGUAGAAUCAGGAAUACCAUACGCACUUAUGGUCUCUGGCCAGCCAUCCUUGUCUUUGAGUUUAGGAGGAGAUGCACGCAGUAAUCGUUCCAAAUCUUGGAGUGGCCGACCAAUUUGGAUGGAAAGAGAGGUCUUAGGUCGAAUUAAAGUGCCUCAUACAUUUGUUGUGCACAAUUACACAAGACCAACAAUUUGUCAGUGGUGUAGAAAACUUUUAAAGGGCCUGUUUAGACAGGGAGUACAAUGUAAAGAUUGCAAGUUUAAUUGUCACAAGAAAUGUGCGCCACAAGUUCCAAAGGACUGUGCAGGGGAAUUACCAAAAGUGGGAUUAAGCCAAGAACAGAGUAUAACAUCUGAAAUGGAUGGCUCUGUUGAUACUAAUUAUACAGAUAUACAGGAGGAUGAAAUGCCUCUACAAGAAGAAGAUGAUGAGGACAAUACUCAACAGAAACCCCCUCUUAGUCCUACACAAAGCAGUAACAUUCCAUUAAUGAGAAUCUACCAAUCUGUCAAACACACCAAAAGAACGGGAUCAAAGGUUAUGAAAGCAGGGUGGAUGGUUCACUUUACUCAAAAUGAUCCAGUGAGGAAGAGAUACUAUUGGAGAUUGGAUUCAAAAUGCAUUACAUUAUUUCAAAAAGAAGACUCACCUAGAUACUACAAGGAGAUUCCAUUAUCACAUAUUGUAAACAUAGAACCAGCCAAAAUACGACCAAAUGCAGACCCAAACAAAGGACCACAUGUUUUUGAGAUGAGGGUCAAUUCCACAGUAUACUUCAUUGGUGAGGACCCGACUUUUGGAGGCAGAGAGGGGGAUAUUGUUGCAUCUCCUGAAAGUGGUGUUGGAUUAGAACAAGCCAAGUAUUGGGAACAUGCUAUCAGACAGGCACUGAUGCCAGUAACACCAACAUCCAGUGUUGUAGGAAAUACAUCAUCAGAGAAUGGUAUGAACAAGGAAGAAGAACAGGAUAUAAGUCAGCUAUAUCAGAUAUAUCCUGAUGAUGUAUUAGGCUCCGGACAGUUUGGUAUUGUAUAUGGAGGUAAACACAGGAAAACUGUUAGAGAAGUAGCUAUUAAAGUGAUAGAUAAAUUGAGAUUUCCUAACAAACAGGAAGCACAACUUAAAAACGAAGUGUCCAUUCUACAGAAUCUUCAUCAUCCAGGUGUAGUUAACUUAGAGAAAAUGUUUGAAACUCCAGAAAGAAUUUUUGUAGUAAUGGAAAAGCUACGUGGUGAUAUGUUAGAAAUGAUAUUAUCUAGUCCAAAAGGUCGUCUUAGUGAAAGAGUCACAAAAUUCCUCAUUUCACAAAUUUUAGUGGCACUCAAACAUUUACAUUCGAAAAAUAUAGUGCAUUGUGAUCUUAAGCCAGAAAAUGUUUUAUUAUCUUCAGAAACAGCAUUUCCACAGGUAAAACUAUGUGACUUUGGAUUUGCCAGAAUUAUAGGUGAAAAAUCAUUCAGAAUAUCAGUAGUAGGAACACCAGCAUAUCUUGCCCCUGAAGUUUUAAAAAGUAAAGGUUAUAACCGAUCUCUAGAUAUGUGGUCUGUAGGUGUUGUUAUAUAUGUAAGUUUAAGUGGAACAUUCCCUUUCAAUGAAGAUGAAGAGAUCAGUGACCAAAUACAGAAUGCAUCAUUUAUGUACCCACCCAAUCCAUGGAAGGAAAUUUCUCAGGAGGCAGAGAGAUUCCUUGGGAUCAUUUUUAUAACUAAUCAAAGAUCACGACCUUCUUGUAAAAAGGUCUUACAGCAUCCUUGGUUAAAACAGGACUAUCAAACAUGGUGUGAUCUAAGGAAGCUGGAAGAACAAGUUGGUCAUAGAUACAUUACACACGAAUCUGACGAUGAUCGCUGGGAACAGUUCCGUAAAGACAAAGCUCUGAAAUUAUGGCAGGAUAUAGGAAUGAAAGGUGUGAAUGAAACAUAUAAUCUUAGCAAAUCUCGAGGUGAACGUAACAGUACCAAUGCAUCAUGAUACAAUGUUGUUGUUUCUUUCAUGACAGUUGUCACAAAAAUUCUGAAAAAAAUACAUCUGUUUCCAAGGAGACAAAGUUUUUGUGGCUGCUGCUUUUCUCACAUGAUUAAGAUACAAAACUUUUAAUUAAUUAGUAAAUCCUGGUUGCAUUUCUAAUGGGGGUUUCAAAAUUAAUAAUCAAAAGAAGGAAAAUUUAUAAAGAUACUUAAUCAUGUGGGUGUUUUUUUAUCAAUAUUGUAGACUUAUUAUGCACAGAAUGUAAGAAAGACCUUUUCCUGCAACAUCUUAUACCACAUUAAGCUGUGUCUGUCUCAAUAGCUUCAUAUUAGUGUUGUAUAUUAUUCUCUUUAGCAAAGAAAAGUUAUGAAUGGCCUUAUACAAAAUGACUCCUUACCAAUAACUGUUAUUGUAAUGAUUUUUUUAUACGUUAACUAAUCAAUUCUAUCUUUUUUUCAUUCCUGUACUGAAAUAUGUGAUAAAUGGAAAUGAUAUUUGAUUAUUCAGAACAGCUGUUAUAGUACAUUAAACUUGACAUCCUGUUUUUACCUGCAACUUUUUGAUAACUAAGUUUUGUUGAGUUAUUUCCCUUAGAAUGAUUUUUUUUUCAUUUUAACUUUAUAAAAUAUUUAUAUUACUGUAAAUUCAGAAAUUAUUGCAAGGUUUUUUUAUUAAUGGGAAUAAUGCAACUAGGUGAGUAUCGCAAUAAUAAGAACUCACAUUCUUACAUCUGAUACAUAUAUCUGUGUGGAGAUUUUUUGGAAAUCGCAAUAAUUUAUCUCGCAUUUUUGUCCAAUCUCCAAAAAUCGCAAUAAUAAAUGUACACAAUGAUUUCUGAAUUUACAGUAUUUAUCACAUAGGUAUGCCUAGAAGGUAGCAUAAAUUUUUUUAUCCUUCAAAACUUGAGUUUUUUCUAUUACAUGUUUAGUUAUUCUGGUUUUCCAAAAAGUAUUAAAGUGAUCAUGACCAGCAAAUUUUUUAUGCAGAAUUACUCUGACCAAGAAAAUCUUCAUAAUUUUAACAAUUUACAGCAUUUUUAUAAUAGUAACUUGGUGACCAUUUAAGGAAAAGGUCUUAGGUAUUUGGCAUGCAUUUUAAUAUUGUUUAUUUAUUGUACUUUCACUAUGCUGGCCGUAACACUGUUGUGACGUACAUUUAUAGUUACUGUUAUAUUUUGUUAAAAACUGUAUAUGUAUUUUCAAAUUUUUAUCUCAGUAUUUAUCUGUUUGUAUGCAUAAUUUUUCUGCAUCACUCAAAAAAAUCAAAAAUCUUUUAUAAUGUUGUAUAUAUUUUAUAUAAUGAUAUAUGGUGUUGUUAAUAAGUGCAGAUUUUUAUCUUUUUGUUUUUCCAUUUUGAUGUAUUUGUUUAUUAUUGUUAAAUAAUCAUUUUUUGUACAUACAGCUUCUGGAGGAUAUAUAAUCGUCAUAAGUUUCAGGGGGAGAUAAUCCAUCAGGGCAAUUUUCAGGAUGAAAUUGUUUUAAUCACCAUAAGUGCUGUAAGCGAUCAGUUGUUAAUCUCUAAUUAUCACUGUAUAAAAGGAAGAUAGGGCAUUAAAACGGUUGAAUGCCUGCUAUAAUUCAGUCAAGUUUUGAAUAUUUAUAUUAUAUAUUUAUUAAAUACAAAUAUAGUAAGUUACAAAGUACUGUUAUAUCUGCUUAAUCUUCAUUAUGUAAAAAUACUUGAAGAAAUACUGUUUACAGAUGUUUUUGAUAUUCUAGUCACAAUUUGUAUGUCCAAGUUAAAGGAAAAUGUAAAUAUUUUUAAAGAUUCAUUUGGAAAAGAUUGGAUUAAUUAUAAAUUAUUAUAUCUUUGCAAAGCUUUAUUUUUAAUUUUUGGCUUAUAAUUUUUUUUUAGUUUGAAAAUCCCCCUUAUUGAAAAAGAAUCAUAACUAAAAGUUUUAAAUGUUUUAUAGCUGUAACAAUUGGUUUUAAGCAUAAAAAUCAUCAAAGUUAGCCCACCGUAUAGAUUCAAAUACCAAAAAAAUCAAAUAGUCAUACUUAAUCUUUUCUAAUCGACAUUGUAACAUAAUUGGGUGUUCUCCCUGGGCCUUUUAAAGUUCAAGUUGAAGUAAUUCUUUGUCAUGAUAUUCAGUUGUUUAUUUGAUGUCUUUAAUUGUGCAACUUCAAAAUGUUAAUGAAAAAGCUGAAGCUUAUGUCUAAUUGUUGACAAAAAUUUUAUAUAUGGUGAUUAAUUGAAAAAAGAUAAAACAUAGUAACACCAAAUAUUUUUGAAGCUUAUAAACAUACUUAUAAUAUGACCAGAAAACUUUGUCUGAAUUACCUCAAAAAAUAUUUGUUUUUGAAAAAAAAACAUUUUAUAUAAGACUGCAUUUAGGUUUAUAAAAGAUAUUCUACCAUGACCAUACCUUUUAAGUGCCCCAUAGAUUUUUUUCAGGGAUGGGCCAUGCCCAGUCCUCUUGUAUCAUAAAUUGUUAAACAUUUCAGAUUCCCAUCCAUUAACCAUAUAUAGAUAUAUUCUUAUUUGCCAUGCCAAUAUCUUUACAUUACUAAAAUGUGUUUGUUAGGCCUUUUGUUUACAGGAACGACUUCUUUAGAUGAUGUGGAGACAUUAGUUUUAGUCCACUAUAACAGUUCAAGCUAGAUUCAAGGCUGUAUAACCGCUAAUAAACAACAGCUUCAUCAUUUAUUGCAGCAAGUUUGAUAAGUUUUGAGACACAUUUGAUUUUAGGGCCAUUUUCGCCUACUCCUUUAUACUGAUGGUUAUGGAUGAUCCAAUUGUGUACCUUCAACAAGUGCUUUUAGUAUGGAAAUGAGUAUAUGUACCUUAGCUGUUAUUGGAUAUUUUUAUACAUAUCUCUCUUAAAAUACAGUGCCAAAAAUAUAAUAUAACAUAUUCAGUCACUUCAACUUGACUUUUAGCAUCACAAUUAACCUACACAUUUUGACAGCUAACCACAGUACUUUUAUUCUGUGAUUGAAAACCAUGACACUGUUUAAGCCGUUUUAAAAUUUUCUGACCUUUUUUUAAAAGGGAAAACUUUAAAGCAAUGAAUAGAAUGAUAUAAAGUUCUAUAUGCCAAUUUAGACUAUUGUAGUAUCAUUGAUAUAAAAUUGUUCAAAUAUUUGCUGGUUUACUCAAAGUGCAAAUCUGUCUUAUAGUAUGGAGAUUAUUGGGUGAACAGGGAAAGAAGGGUGACUAUUUUGUGUAAAAAACACCUUUUAGUAAUUUAUGCAGAUUUUCUUUAUGUUGAAACAUUCUCUAUGUAUCCAUUAAAAAAAAUAAUAAUUUAGGCUAUACCUUCUGGGAGACUAGUUUUUUUAGUUUAAAGAAAUCAAAAGAUAUCACCUUUCAUUAUUAAAUACCUAUGAUACUUACAUGUGAUAGAUGCUCCCUGAGGCAUAUCAAAUACGAGGGUCAUUACCUUUUUAAAGCCUUUCAAAUGACAAACCCCAGGCAUUCUAGUCUUUGACACAUUUUUCAAAGGUCUCAAGUUGAAGUAGUAUAUUAAAAAUAAGAAUAUUUAUAUGAUGCUUUAUAACACACCAAUCAGUACCCAUAAAGUAUAUGAAAAUCCUGGGGAGAACACUAUAAAACUACUAAGUAUAUCCCAUUGUUAUUAAUCAUCAUGAAUUGCAUAGAAGUAUUAAUAGAUUCUAAGUUGAACCACCCUUUCACUAUAAUGACAACAUAGUUUGAAUAACUUUCAUGUAGAUUAGUUUAGAUUUUGCUGACGAUGAAACCUUUUUUUUUUUAAAUCAUCAUCAUGUGAUAGUGGCGUAGUGUUUUUUUAGACUUUGUUAAGUCACUACUAAAGAUGAAAAAAACAAAAUGGGAUGGGAAGGGUGAAAUGCAUUAGACAGUCUUAGUUUUGGUUAAGGAGAUGAGAUGGAUACUAGUUUAUCUUUAUAAAGACCUAGCAGUAUCUGUCAACAUAAACUUGGUCAUUAAAGCUAUGUUUUUUUGUCAUAUGGUUAUUUUUCAAAAUUUAAAGAAAUUAUAUAUACCAUAGGCCCACUCUUUAUAUCCCAAAAAUAAAAUCUUUAUGCAAAAAUUAAACUAAUUCAAUUUUAUAUAAACUACAGAUGACAUCUACUUGGUUUGAGAUUUUUAUGUGACCCUUUUGUUAUAAAAUAUUAAAAUAAACAUGUCUUGGUUAAUAACCUAAAUUAUCAUUGAAAGUUCCGACAAAUCAUUAUUAAUGUUAGUGUGCAAUACUGUUGUAUAACAGAGUUAUUCAUGACAUUCAGAAGGUAUAAAUAAAUCCCUCAUAUUAAAUAUGUAACUAAAAUCAUAUACAUUCUAAUGUUAAAUUGUUAUAUUAACAUUUGAACUUAUAUUUUUCUUGAGUUUCUAGAAAUUAUUUAUUAAAAUAUUUUUAACAAUUUUUAAAAUAAUAUAUAUUUGAUAUGUUUAAAAAAAAAUCUCAUUAAGAUUUUUUUACCAGGUGGCAGGAUAUUUUGCCAAUAUUUAUGACUCGGUAAACCAUAAAUAGUUUAAUAUUUUCAGCUGGAUAGAAGAAAUACAAUUUCAAUUGUUUACUGAUUGUCCUUACUUAAAAAAUAUCAGUCAGUUAUUUAUUGCAACUUAAUAUGUCCUAUGUUUAUAAGCAUUCUAUUUUUAGCUCACCUUUCUGAAGGAAAUGUGAGCUUUAGCCAUCACUUUGCGUCCGUUGUUGUCGUCCGUCCGGUGUAAACUAUUUCAAACAUCUCCUCUGAAACUACUAAACCAAUUCCAACCAAACUUAAGCUGAAUGAUCCUUAGGGUAUCUAGAAUAAAGUUUGUGAUUUAUUAUCUGUUUUGUCAAAAAACAUGGCCACCAUGGCUAAAAAUAGAACAUAGGGGGUAAAAUGCAGUUUUUGGCUUAUAUCUCAAAAACUAAAGCAUUUAGAGUAAAUCUGACCAGGGGUUAAAAGUGUUCAUUAGGUCAAUCAGCUCUGAAAUUUUCAGAUGAAUCUAACAACCCAUUGUUGGGUUGCUGCCUUUAAAUUGGUAAUUUUAAGGAAAUUUUGCAGUUUUUGGUUAUUAUCUUGAAUAUUAUUAUAGACAAAGAAAAACUGUAAACAGCAAAAAUGUUCAGCAAAGUAAGAUCGACAAACAAGUUUUAUAUGACCAAAAUUGUCAAUUGACCCCUUAAGGAGUUAUUGUCCUUUAAGGACAAUUUUACACAAUUUGUUUAUCAUGUUUUCUAACUUUAAAAAAUCUUUUCCUCUGAAACUACUAAACCAAAUUAAACCAAACUUAAGCUGAAUGAUUCUUAGGUUAUCUAGAAUAAAGUUUGUGUUUUAUUUUCUGUUUCCUCAGAAAACAUGGCCACCAUGGCUAAAAAUAGAACAUUGGGUAAAAUGCAGUUUUUGAUUUGUAUCUCAAAACUAAAGCAUUUAGAGUAAAUCAGACAAGAAGUUAAAGUAUUCAUUAGGUUAAGGUCUACCUGCCCUGAAAUUAUCAGCCAAAUCGGGUAUCUGAUUUUUAGGUUAUUGCCCCUGAAUUGAUGAUUUUAAGGAAAUUUUGCAGUUUUUGGUUAUUAUCUUGAAUAUUAUUAUAGAUAAAGAUAAACUGUAAACAGCAAAAAUGUUCAGCAAAGUAAGAUCUACAAAUAAGUUUUAUAUGACCAAAAAUUGUCAACUGACCCCUUAAGGAGUUAUUGUCCUUUAAAGACAAUUUUUCACAAUUUGUUCAUCUAGUUUGCUUAAUUUAAAAAAUCUUCUGCUUUGAAACUACUGAAUCAAUUUCAGCCAAUGUUGGGCUGAAUGAGUUUCAGAGUAUCUUGUAUAAAUUUUUUAUUUAAUUUCCUUGUACCGUACGUCAAGAAACGUAGCCACUAUGGCUAAAAUGGAACAUAGGGAUAAAAUGCAUUUCUUUGAUUUUGAAGAAAAUAUGACAGAUACAAAGAACAUUUAAAUGGCAUUUUUAAGCCACUCAUUAAUAUAUAUUGAAAAGCAAAAAUAAUCAUUGAUGAAAGAUUUAAGCAAAAAAAUACAGGUGAGCGAUUCAGGCUCUUGAGAGCCUCUUGUUAAAAGUGAGUAAGUUGCAGAACCAAUACCAUUUCAUUAUCUCAACUUCAUCUGAUGAAUGAGGAAGUGCUCUAAGUUUGUUGUAUAAUUUGUUAGUCUUCCUCUUCUUUUACCAUGUUAUGCAAUAGAUAUAUAAAAUAUGUCAAAUUAAAAAUAUUUGUUUCUAAUAAACCUGAUUAUUCAUGUAAAA